AUGACCAACCCUGACUUCGACAACGCCGACUUUGACAUCAAUGACAUCUCCAGCAUGCUCAAGGACAUUGACUCUGUCAACCUCGCCCUCGACAGCCUCGAUGGCCGUGCUGACAGGUUGACGGCCAGUUUGGCCUCGCUGCUCAAGGCGCAGUCUCAACCCAACCCAUACGUUAACGUCGAGGCCGCCUCUCUGGACAAGGACGAAGAAGAGCCCUCCUCAACAUCUUCAACCACUGCCCCUUCUUCGACAGCAUCCACUACUUCAAUGAACUCUACUCCAGCGCCACCACCCUCAGCUGCCUCUUCACAUGGUUCAGAAGAAUCCAGGAGCGAGUGA